AUGCAAUCACAGCUACAACAAGAACAAGGGAACUUUCUACUAUCUGGGGCGGGGGAACCAAUGUUUUCAUUAUACAAUCAGACGGGAGAGAUGCCGGCAAUGGUGCCAACGCUAACGCAGGCCGUCCCGGGACAGACUUACAGAGAGUGGAGCUUUAGGCCUGAUCCAAGUGGUGCCGGUGGCUCUGGAAAUACUCAGUAUUCGCCUUCAUCGCCUUAUUCUUCAUCGAGUUCGGGAUCUUUGGCUGGACAGAAGAGAACGCGAGAUCAAGAUUAUAGUGUUACUCAGUUUCCAGAGCAAGUCCAGAGGAUCUAUGGCGGGUUUGGAGAAUCAUCAUUCUCUGUCAAAACUGAGGAAGCAGAAGCAGGCGGCACAAGCGUUACACCAAUCCCCACCACCACCGUGGAACACCAGAUACCGCCGCCGCCACCAGAAAUCUCAACAGAAGAACAGGUAGAAAGAAGAAGAAAAUAUAGAGGGGUAAGGCAGAGGCCGUGGGGCAAAUGGGCAGCAGAAAUAAGGGAUCCACACAAAGCUGCAAGAGUAUGGCUAGGCACAUUUGAAACUGCUGAAGCAGCCGCUAGAGCAUAUGAUGAAGCUGCAAUCAGAUUCAGAGGUAACAAAGCCAAACUAAAUUUCCCUGGAACUGUCAGAAACUUGCCACCACCACCACCACCACCAACACUACCACCACUCCCACAAACCACCACCCUAGCGGCGGCGGCGCCGCCACCACCACCACCACAAGCAGCAUUAUUCCAAAACCAACCUUUUCAAAUAUCCGAAACUGCAAGGGACUACUGGGAAUACUCACAGUUACUUCAGAACACUGCUGAUUUUCAACAACAGCAGCCCACGAGCUUAUUAGAACAAAUGUUUUAUGCCUCAUCAAUGGCGGCUGCUGCUUCAUAUCCUCUGCAGUCCCCCAAUCAACAACAAGCAAUUAAUUCACAGACACAAGGAAAUCAAACUCAAGAAAACACACCAACUUAUCCUGCACCACCAUGGACCAGCUCAACCCACUAUCCUUCAUCUUCUAGCUAA